AAAAAAACACAGGAGAAAGACAUUUGUAUUAAUCUUCUGAGCUCGGCAAACCUUACAAAAGAUCCGUUGGAUCAAAUUGCUUUUACGAUCGUUGAACGAUUGUGAAAAUAAUCAUGCUGAGAAACACAAUUAAAGGUGUGGUUCAGUACGAUGCGGCAUUGCAUUGCAGGAUUUGACCCGAUCGGAUAUGAACAUAGUUGCAACGUAGCAAAGGCUGCUCUGUUGAAACGAACUCCCUUGCAGUUCGUGUGGAAACGAUGCAUGUUUAUACAAACUCAAGACACACCGAACCCAGAUAGUUUAAAAUUUCUGCCUGGUGUUACGGUUCUUGAGGCUGGUCAAACAAUGGACUUUCCAACAGUUUCAUCGGCUCAGUGCAGUCCGCUGGCCAAACUUCUGUUUCGAAUUGAGGGUGUCCGUUCGGUGUUCUUUGGGGGCGACUUUGUGACAAUAUCUAAGCAAGAGGGUGCAGAAUGGCGCGUUAUCAAGCCGGAAGCAUUCGCUGUGAUCAUGGACUUUUUUGCAAGCGGUUUACCUGUGGUGAAAGAUGCACAGCCCACCAGCAGCACACAGAUCAAUGAUGAAGAUGAUGAAAACGUACAAAUGAUAAAGGAACUACUCGACACGCGCAUCAGGCCGACGGUACAAGAAGAUGGAGGCGACAUUAUUUUUAUGGGUUUUGAAGACGGUGUAGUGAAGCUUAAAAUGCAGGGCUCGUGCUCCUCGUGUCCCAGCUCGAUUGUGACCCUGAAAAAUGGUGUCCAGAACAUGCUUCAAUUUUACAUUCCCGACGUGGUAUCCGUCGAACAAGUAACGGACGAUGUGGAUGAAAUAACGGAAAAGGAAUUUACGCGACUCGAAAAACAAAUUAACCAAAAGGAUGAGAAAUCAGAUGAAAAGCUUUAAAAACCGUAUAUUAAAUUAAGAUUGUUUGUGUUUUCAUCCUAAGAUCUAUUUCUUGUUGCCUAUAAUUGUCACUGAUUGUUAUACCGCAUGGCGCAUUCUUAUACAGCAAAUACCCCAACUAAUUGUUGGAAAAAUAGGCUUUCAAAAAUGUACACCUCAACCCACAGGCCACAUUAUUGUUCGUUGACGUGAAUUUAGCCUAUUAUAAAAAAAACUUAUUGGAAUCAAAUCUUUCGAAGCCCGUUUUGUCGGAUGUCACAUUAAGACACGAAAACAAGGUCGUCUUUACUAUUCGAAGCGUCGAUAGCUACCCACAGAAAUUUGGGAAUAUAUUUUCAGAAGCACCUCCUAAUGAAUAGAUCUUGUUCCAUACUACGCUUCAAUAGGCAAAGUCAAAACAAGCACCACGAUAGUUUUCUAAGAACUUGUGUUUUAGAUUUCACCAUCAGCUUCUUUAGUUUCCCGGUGGACCUGUGUAUAUGAAUAAAAUGAGUAUACAAUAAAUGAUUU